GUUUUCUCAUAUAUAAGUCAUAUUUACAUUUCUUUUAUGUUCAUGUCUAUUGUUUUAUUGCAUGUGGUUGGUUAUGAUCCGUAUAUGUGUUGUUGCUCUUAUUAAUAAUAUUUCGUUCUGCCAAAAAAAUAUUUAAAAAUGAAUACACUUGGUAAACGUAGAGGAAUAGUUAGUUCACAUGAAACAGGUGAAAGUUCUACAGCCCGUUCUUUUCAUAGACAGUCACGGCGACAACGAUUACUUAAUGGUCCGUCUACAUUAUCAUCUGAGGCUGUACAAAGGCCGCUUCCUUUGUAUUCUGAUUGUGGAGAUUGUCGCUAUGUUUGUGAAUACUGCAGUGCUAAGUUUUGGUAUGCAGAAAGGGUUGUACAUUGGUCUCGUGUUGAGCAUCCUCGCUAUACUCAAUGUUGUAAAUUAGGGGCUGUAAGGUUGCCGUUUCCUAUUCAGCCGCCUUCCGUCAUCAAGCAAUUGUUUGAGGACAGUGAUUUUUUGGAAAAUAUUAGAGCAUACAAUAGCAUGUUCUCUAUGACAUCGUUUGGGGCGGACAUUGAUGAGACAGUUAACGAUGGUCGUGGCCCUUAUGUUUUUAAGAUAUCAGGACAAGUUUCCCACUGGAUUGGGUCUUUGUGCCCACCAUCUAAUGAGAAGCCUCGGUUUUUGCAAUUAUACAUUUAUGAUACCGAGAACGAGGUUUCAAACAGGCUCCGCUUUUUUGGAGACUCAACUCAAUGUAGUCUUUCUGCUGAUAUUGUUAAAACACUUACUGAUGUGUUAGCCACCCAUAAUAAGUACGUGCAUGUUUUUAAAAAUGCUAAGGAGAUGGCUGAUCCAACUGAGAACAACUACUUUGUACGCCUUUACAACAAUGUACCUGAUAGAAGAUAUGGCCCCCCCUUUCCAGGUACCUUAGGCGGUAUUGUAUGUGGUGAUGACGCUAACUCUAGCGAGUACGAUAUCAUCGUACACUCAAAGGACGGAAUACCUCAAAGAGUUAGUAAGUUACACCCAUCUUAUAUGCCAUUACAGUACCCAUUGUUGUUUCCAUUUGGUGAAGAAGGCUGGUCACCACGUUUUCAUUUGCAUCAAGUUCAUAGUACCAAAGAGAAGAGGUUGACGGUUAACAUGUAUUAUAGUUAUCAAAUCCACGAUCGAGCUGGUAUCUAUUCUCUUCUUUUACAUGGUGGCCGCCUAUUUCAGCAAUACUUAGUUGACGCGUAUACAUGUGUUGAACAAAAUAGGCUCACCUACUAUAAUACACAUCAAGAUCAGUUACGAUCUGAGUAUAUUGCUGGUGUCUAUGAUGCUAUUUCUAGAGGUGAUACAGAAUCCCGCGAAAUAGGCAAACGGAUAUUCUUGCCUGCUUCAUUUACUGGUGGCCCGCGAUAUAUGCAUAGACAUUAUCAAGACGCAUUAGCGAUUUGUAGGGUUCAUGGCAACCCUCAAUAUUUCAUCACAUUCACCUGUAAUGUUAAGUGGCCUGAAAUUACAAGAUACAUGGACAACAUUGGCAGCAAAAAUUCUCAACACCGUCCUGACAUUAUAGCUCGCGUUUUUAAGUUAAAAGUAGCAGAUUUCAUAAAGUUUAUGAAAACUGACAAAACCUUUGGAGAUGUCGCAGCAUACUUAUAUACAAUUGAGUUUCAAAAAAGGGGAUUACCACAUUGCCAUACUUUAUUGUGGGUGACGGAAGCUUAUAAAAUACAGGAUGCUGCUGCUGUUGAUAAUUACAUUACAGCUGAAUUUCCCGAUCCACAGUCAGAAGCGUGUCUGUAUCAAACAAUUACUGAAUGCAUGCUUCAUGGGCCUUGUGGUUUGUUAAACCCUACCGCUCCAUGUAUGCGUGAGGGUAAGUGUUCAAAGAAUUUUCCAAAAUCUUUUCAACCUGCUACAACAUUCGACAAAGAUGGAUAUGUUCAUUACAAAAGGAAUGCUGGUAUUCAUCAUGUGUUGCGAAGUGGAAUCCGCGUUGAUAACGGUUAUGUAGUUCCAUAUAAUAAACGCUUGUGUAGCCGUUUUAAUGCACACAUAAAUGUUGAAUAUUGUGGCUGGAACAUGUUGAUCAAAUAUCUAUUCAAAUACAUCUCUAAAGGAGUUGAUCGUAUAAGAUUUGUUAUACAGAAAUCUGAAAAUGAUGCAGCUUCCACAUCUGCUGAGUCAACUCCUGUCAUCAAUGAAAUUCAGAAUUUUGUUGAUGGCCGCUUCAUUUGUCCACAUGAAGCAUCUUGGAGAAUUUUGAACUUCCCUAUUCAUGAACGUGAUCCUGCUGUUCAAAUCCUAGCUGUUCAUUUAGAAAACAUGCAAAAUGUUACCUUCAAGGAAAAUAGUCGUUUGCAGGCAAUCGUUAACAACCCAUCUUUUGGAAAAACAACAUUAACUGAAUGGUUGAAUAACAAUUGUAAAGAGCCAGAGGGAUUGCACCUUACAUACAGUGACUAUCCAUCUAGGUUUUGGUGGGAGUCUUCUGGUAAAGGAUGGAUUCGUAGAGCCCGGUUAGAUAGCACAGCCAUUGGUCGACUUGUAUACGUACAUCCAACAGCUGGCGAAUUAUUCUAUUUGCGUAUGUUACUUUGUCAUCAAAAAGGCUGCAAAUCAUAUGCGGAUAUUCGUACAGUCGCACAUGUUACCUACACCACCUUUCGGGCAGCGUGCGAGGCUUUGGGGUUGAUAGGCGACGAUAAAGAAUGGUUGGAAGCCUUCACUAAUGCAUCCUCAUGGGCCACGUCCUCAGAAUUGAGGUCCCUAUUUUGCCACCUGCUUCUAUUUUGUGAAGUCAGCAACCCUUUAGUUUUGUGGGAGUCUCAAUGGAGAAAAAUGGCCGAAGAUCUGUUACGUACUUUAAAUUCCGAUGCUACAAACCCAUCAUCCUUCAUAAACGAUAAUCAUUUACAACAACAAGUGCUGUUGGAGCUUCAAAAAAUCCUCAAUUCUUCGACCCCAUCAAAGUCGCUUCAAGAUUUUGGUUUGCCGCUGCCAUCAGAAACACUUCUUGCUAUCUUAAAGAAUAGACUCCUACUCGAAGAAACAAGCUAUGAUAGAUCUGCAUUGCAAGUUCAACACUCUGAGAUGCACUCGCAGCUUAAUGCAGACCAACUUAGUGUUUACAAUGCAGUCACAACAGCACAUAUUAACAAAGCUCAAAUAUUAUUAUUUGUUUACGGUCAUGGAGGCACAGGGAAGACAUUUUUAUGGACUACAAUACUCUCUUACUUUAGAUCUAUUGGAAAAAUAGUACUGGCAGUCGCCGCUUCAGGAAUCGCAUCACUUCUUCUACCUUCAGGGAGGACUGCGCAUUCACGUUUCAACAUUCCCAUAGAUCUAUCGAACGAAUCUACCUGUAAUAUUAAGAAGAAUACUCAGCUUGCAAACCUUCUCAAGCAAACAUCAAUAGUGAUAUGGGAUGAAGCCCCUAUGAGUGACCGAUGUUGUUUUGAAUGCUUAGAUCGAACACUCAAAGAUAUCCUAGAAAAUGACACACAUUUAUUUGGCGGCAUGUCAAUACUUUUAGGUGGAGACUUUCGACAGACACUUCCGGUUAGACCAAAAAGCACAAGAUCACAAAUCCUAGCUUCAACUUUACCAAACUCUUACUUAUGGCCAUCUUUUAAAGUAUAUACAUUGCAUCACAAUAUGAGGCUUACAAACAAUAAUGAUACAUCAACACAACCAUCAUCAACAUUCGCUUCAUGGUUACUAGACAUUGGAGAUGGUGAAAUAGGGCAGCCUGAUACAGAGGAUCCUCAUAAUACAAAAAUUGUUCAGAUUUCAGACAAUUUUUUAAUCCAACAAGAUCAAAACGGCCUACAAUCUCUAAUAGAGUUUGUAUAUGAAGAUGCGAUACUCAGAAAUCCGUCUGCCACAAACAUGUCAAACAGGGCAAUUGUUUGUCCAAAAAAUCAAACAGCAGAUGAAAUAAACAACUUGAUUUUGACUAUGACUGCUGGUGAAGCCAGAACUUAUAUAAGCUAUGAUUCUAUGAUACCUCACACGCAACAUGCAUCAGAUUUAGAGACUUUAUAUCCACAGGAAUAUCUUAAUCAACUUACAUUUCCUGGCAUUCCUUCCCAUAAAUUAGUUUUGAAAGUAAAUACCCCAGUCAUGCUACUUAGAAAUAUAAACCAACCAUUAGGCUUAUGCAACGGCACACGUCUGUUAGUAUCUCAGCUGUUACCAAAAGUAAUAGAAGCAUUUAUAAUUACAGGUGUCUCAAUAGGAAAACGUGUGUACAUACCUAGAAUUAAAUUCAUUCAUAAAAAUAUAGAUUUACCAUUUGUUUUUACAAGAAGGCAAUUUCCAAUAAAAGUUUGUUAUGCUAUGACCAUAAAUAAAAGUCAAGGACAAUCUCUCAACAAAAUUGGUAUCUAUCUUCCACAACCUGUCUUUACACAUGGCCAACUAUACGUUGCUUUAUCUCGUGCGACAUCCCCAAAUUCACUUAAAAUGCUAAUCACUUCUGCAGAAAGCACUACGUUGAACACAACAAAAAAUGUUGUCUUCCGCGACCUGUUGAGUCAAGUAAAUAACAAUCAGGUUGUUGUUGUUGGCCGUUUGCAUACGUAUAUCAUAUAUGAUAUAUAUUUACAUCAUACACUAACUAUUAUUGCAAUAGCAUAUGCAUUCCGUUAUUCUCUUUAAUAAUAAUAUACAAUUACGUUUU